AUGCACGCAGCGACGGCACGCCCACCAGGUCCGGACCUCGUGGUUCCCAAAGCGGUGCCGAAGGCCAAGGCUGCAUCCAGCUCGGCGAAGGCCGCGGUACCCCUGGGAGCUCCGCUAGGCCUUUGCGACCUCUGGGUCGUGGAGGACAGCGGCCCCUGGCGCCCCUGGCCCUCUGGGCCCUCUGGGCCGCCAGCCCGGCCCUGGCUUGUGAUCUCCGCGGGCUAUGCCAAAGCACGCAGUCGCCAGGCCCGGCACUGCCGCGUUCCCGCAGAGACGACCGAGGAUGAGGAAGCCACGGAUGCAGUGGAUGACACCGACGGAGGGGAGGUCCAGGAUGGGAGACGGAGCUACGAGACCUGUGUCGGCUCCUAUGCCUGGCUCUACGACAAACAGGGCUACGACUGGACCGAGCUCGCGGGUCGAAAAGAGAAGGGGUCCAAGACCUCUGUGGCAUUGAUCAUAGGCUACUUGGGCCACCACUUCGCCGGUCUCCAGCAGCCCUGGAUAGCUUCGGAGAACUUCGUGCGUGCGGUCGAGACGGAGCUUGAGCUUGCGUUGCUGAAGGCCGGUUCAGGGUUUUGCGGUUUCGGGUGCUUCAGGCUGCGUUCAGGCUCCGAGAGAUUCCUAGAGAUGAAUGCUGAAGUGGGGCAUCGUGGAAAAAGCUGUCACUUCCACUCAGGGCCAGAGUUCCCCAGAGCGUCUCUUCAUGAACACCUUGCUCGAGAAGCGCAUCUCUCUUAUGGUCGUUGCAUGUCUUGUUUGCGAAAGGCAAAAAAAUUGGACAAAAAUAUGCUUCUCCUGAGGCCCCGAUUGUGUGUUUGUGCGUAG